AUGUGGCCAGUCAUGCAGUGGGGGGAGCUGUUUGUGCAGCUGUACAUGGAGGAAGUCGAGGUGCUGCCCCAGCCGCAUGCGCGUGUAGACGACGACGGUUGCAUGCUGUUUCCAACGGAGGACGAGGUCAGAACGGACCUGGCGCAGCUGUCCCCCGAUAGGAACAGCAUGGAGGUGGAUGGUGUCCUCUUGGCAGCCGCCGUAAUGAGUAUCGCCUCAGCGCUUGGGUUCACCCAGGAUCAGCUGGAAGCGGCGUGUGCCCAUGAGUUGGGUACGCAUGGGACGGGACUCCUCAGGCGGUCAAGCAUGGGCGACAGGAUGCUGGGAGCACCCGGAAACUGGGAAGCAGGUUCGCCUUGGGGGUACUUGAAGGAGGAGGACGCGGCGUAUGCGUACGCCGCUGGCGCGUUUGUGAUCAGACGGAAGGACCACUUCCCCAAGAUGAUGUCAUUGUCAGAUGCGGAGAUGGCUGCACUGGAGGGGGCUAUCGUGGAUGACGUUAGGCAUCUUGUACAGAAGCGCAAAUGGUACAGGUGGAGGGAGUGGCGUAAAGCCAUGGACUACAUUGGUGUACUGCCAGGAACACCCUUCAAGCCGGAGCCAGGUGCGGAGUCGCCUCCAACGAAAGCAGAGGCAGCUGAUAGCGAUACUCGAGAUGCUGAAGAAGAUGAGGAUCUGGUGAGCGAGGAUGACAAUGGGGGAGAAGACAGUGAGGGGGGGAUUGCGUGCACGCAGGCCCAGGGGUAG